AUAUGUUUGACUCCUAGCUGGAGAGGCCUGGUCGAUCCUAGUCUCUGGAUAAAUACCGACAUGCUUGUAAAAAGCUUCUAUAUAGUACGUAACCAAUGGCUUAUGAUGGUGGGUAUAAAGUCCCGUAGAGAGCUGGUAUAUAUCAUCACCGCACGCUCUUAGCUGGAGAAUUCCGGGGCAUUUUGAUAAUUAGUAUGGUCUCAGUUGAUUCGUCUUCCAAAAUCAGAUAGCCCAGAAUGACCCCGGCAGCAGAUCUCUGGCAGAGGCUGCCCCUGGAGUUGAUCGAGCGGAUCUUAGACCUUUUGGUAGACGACUAUAACCAGGACCCUGCAUAUCAAUGGACCACCUUACGGCAUAUGGCAAGGAGACAGAUGCGCCGUAUCGAACGCCACUUCUGGCAAUAUUGGAUCCCUAAGCUAACAAUCACCCUCUACUCGGGGUCGCGAUGUCAAGUCGAUUAUAAACUGUCUGACGACGCUUGCGCGAGCCGCCGCCUUGGAACGAGUCGCGUUCGGUUUCAGACCUCGGGAGCCUCCAUUACGAAUUCGUUGAAUAAAAGAGAUAUCCAGACAUUAUGGAGCCAAUAUAGCUUUGAGAACCGAGUUGCGCACCUCAGGUUAGGCGAGGGUAUCUUGAAACAGGGCAUGGCAGGGGGCUAUAUUAUCAACGACACCGAUAUCGUCGGUCUACAAGUAGAAGACGACGGUCUCGAUAUCACAUUCGAUUGGCGUAGAACUCUAGACGCUCUGCUUCGGGAGGAACUAAUGAUGCACAGACUACAAGAUGAGAUGGCUUUGGAUAAGAAGGCAGAACUGGCAGCUCAGCACCGCUGGCCACCGUUCCCCAGGAUACAAAGGCUGGCCUUGGUGAAACACUUCGUGCUGGACGUACAAAUGGCCAAACGAGUCGCCGUCCAACUACAUCGGCUGAAGCGCCACAACGCGUCCAGUGAGGUCAAAUUAGGAAGUCUAACCCACGAGUCGCAGCACUUGCAUAAACAGCCUCUGCCCCCCUUGCCUCCAUCGCCGAAGCCCAGAAGAGCGUGUUGCGUAAUGUGUUCUCGGCAGACCGGCCCGUCGAUAUUCGAAGUAGUCGCUUGGGAGGAGAGCGUGGUGCUCAGCCUAGACGGGUGGGAGAAGCUCCAUAAAGACGAACUGCUAGACCUGUACGCCGAGGCGUACGGUUGGAAUUGCUACCGGUGUCCGGGGCAAGACCACGAUUUCGAAUGGCAGCAGGCGAGCAAGAACGACUGGCUUACUGUGUGCGGAAGCAGUGCUGAGAAACUGCAUAGUAUACGAAGGUGGAAUCCCUGGCUCUAGGUGUGAGUAUGAGAUGUAUUGAAUUUACGAGGUUAAUUUCUCUUCUUUACCUAAUGUGAUGAUUCCGUCU